AAUACGCAUUUAGAAAGAAAGAGUGGUCCAUACUGGUUGAUAGACGUACGAAGUCCACAAAAUUUCGUGUCCCAAUAUUUGUUCCAUUGCAAUCGAGGUCAAUUGUGCAUAUUCCCGUUGAGGAAUAAGUUGAAAGCAAUCUGUUUAUAACAAUUCUAACCGUACAGUAAGAAACCUGGAACGAAAUAACAAAAAGUUGGAAAGUACCUACUGAAAUCCGCAGCAGAAACAGAGUGUGUACGUGUGUGUCCGUGCGUUCGUUCGUAGUUAAAAAGGAAAAGCAGCAGCAGCAGCGCGCUCGUGUGCAUUUCUGUGUGUGUAUUUAAGAGAAACGAGUAAAUUGUGCGUGUGCAUUCGUAAGUGGUGUGUGGCCAAAAGUGUGGUAACAGCAACGAGCGACGUAAAACAAUCGAGAAGCAGGGUAGCAGCAGUACCCGCAAAAAUGCACACGUUCAGUGAGACGGGUGCAGGUGUACCUGCAUUUCUGGCGAAACUGUGGCGCCUGGUCGAAGACAACGAGACCAACGAUUUGAUAUCGUGGAGCACGGAUGGCCGGAGUUUCAUCAUACAGAAUCAGGCACAGUUUGCCAAAGAACUGUUGCCGCUCAAUUACAAACACAACAACAUGGCUAGCUUUAUUAGGCAGUUGAAUAUGUAUGGUUUCCACAAAAUAACCUCCAUCGACAAUGGUGGACUGCGAUUCGAUAGGGAUGAAAUGGAGUUCACACAUCCUUGCUUCCAAAAGGAUCAUCCAUACCUGCUGGAGCACAUUAAGCGCAAGAUCGCGACAUCGAAGCAGCAGCAGCUGCAGGCAAUGCAGCAGGCCGACGACAAGAGUGCGAUGAAACUGGAAGCGGUCAGCCGGGUGCUGAGUGAGGUGAAGAACAUGCGCGGUCGGCAGGAUACGCUUGAUUCGCGCUUCCAGACGAUGAAGCAGGAGAAUGAGGCAUUGUGGCGCGAAAUUGCUAUCCUGCGCCAGAAGCACCAUAAGCAGCAACAAAUUGUCAACAAGCUGAUACAUUUCUUGGUGACGAUCGUACAACCAUCCCGCAGUGGACUUGGCUCUAUGGGCAAUGGUAACAACAAACGUCGUUUCCAACUGAUGAUCAACGAUGCCCCACAACAGGCAAAGCUGAAGAAAAUGGAUUACGACGAAGGAGCGACCAUUGAAGAACUGGGCGAAGCUCUCGAGGAAGUCGCAUACGCCAAUCAGCAAGAAUUGUUGUCAAAACAAGACAAGGGCAAGAAAAAUGUUACUCCCGUCGUAACUGGUCAGAUUGUUCGCACGUCUCGGUCCGCUGAAGAUACAGGAGCUAAUACUUCUUCUGCUUCGUCUGGUUCCACCUUAGUCGGCAAGAGCGCAAAGCCUAGUAACAGUGCCGGUAACAGUGGUAGCGUGUUUUUUAAGAAUCUCAAUGGUGUUAGCAUUGUUAAGAAGGAUAAAAACACGCCAAGCGGCCAAACGAAAGGGAACAGGAAUUCGGAAAUACCGGAGGUUAGCUCGCCGAUGUCGAUCCCGGAGCGGUCACCAUACCAUCGCACAGCGACCCCGUCCAUGUCCGGUGGUAGCAGCACCCGUAGUAGCAAUGGUAGCGCCGGAGGUAGCGGUGGAGAUGGAGCAUUGAACUACGGAGGUGGAAAUGAAACUAUUGAGGAAAUAUUUUCCACCUCACCCGUACCGUUCCGCACCGGUGUCGAUGGUGGAAUGAGAGGAUCAACUAUGCCGUCCAAGGUAUUGAAAAUGGAAAGCGAUCAGAAUCGUCAGCAGAAGUACAGUACACGAUCAAGGAACCUUGGCCGUGGCAACAAUACACCGGCGAAUUUAAUUCAGCUGAUCGAAAGCACAAUGGACGGCGAUGACCUAGAGGACUAUGGUGAAGCGUUGGAGGAAGACAACGCGGAUGAUGAGCACGGAUAUUUGGUCGACCACGUGGACGAGAUAGAUCCGACUAUUGUGCAAUUAUAUAAUCAAGAUAACGACAGUGAAAUGAUGCUUAACACACCGAUGGUGAUUAAGGAGAUGGAAAAGCAGCAACAACAGAAGCAACAGCAGAAACAGCGACAACCAGCGAGCGGAAAACGGGGAGAAAGUUUGUUGAAAGGAAACAGUGCAGAUAAUAGGCGCAAUGAAGGGGGACAGCCGCUAGCUACUGCACAGAGAUCCCAGAACAGAAGUCUGCUCAACGCUACAGGGAAGGCCGGUGGAAGUGGAUUAAAAUCAUCUACGGCUUCUUCUCCCGAAAUUCCGUCAUUGAUUAUGACACGGGGUGGCAAAAAGUUAGCCAUGGCAAAGAAACAAACAAAUGUGAGCAACGAACAGCCACAACAGGAAAAGGUAUCUUCGCCCGGACCGUCCGGAUUUAAUGCUGGUGGAGAGCAAGGUACCGGAGAUCAGCCGACGAACGCUAGCAAUAAUGCCAAUUCGUCGUCGUCACCCAUUGGUACGGAUGGUCUAUCGUUUGCUUCGGAUGGUGGUUACCUUACCACCACCGACAUUGUGCCGGGUGACAUAUUUGAUGAUAGUAAUGAUCAGGGCAGCAGUGUUGUGAAGGUUGAAGGAGCUGGUAACCCUUCACCGAUGCUUAGCAGUGGAUUCAACUUCGUCGAUGGAGGCUACUAUAAUCCGAAUGUCAACAUCAGCCAGAUGAAGGCUGGUCGAUCGCAACAACAACAGCAGCAACAGGUGCAGGCACCACAAAACAACCACCAGCAGCAACAACAGCAAUCGUCAUCUGUUGUUAACCAAAUGCUGCACGGUGAAGAUGAAGAGUUCGACGAGAACUCGCUCGAUUCGUCCUUACUGCUCAACCGGUCCGCCGGCAACGAAGCUGAGCAGCAGCAACAAUUAUCCAAGUUUGUCAGCAAUGAUCUAGACGUGUCCCGUCUGAACACGGUGGCCGAGUAUGGACAACACAUCGACACUGUGCAGACCGAUCUGGAAUCGCUGAAGGAGCUGCUUAAGGGCGAAGGUUACCAGCUCGAUGCGAAUGCGUUGCUCGGGAACGCAUGCUCUACCGCACCUCCGUUCGGACGCGUGUACUUCCCGUCGUGCCCGUUCGAUCUGGAUACCAUGAAUAAGGUUAGGACCGAUCUUUUCAACAACAACGAAGACAUGCUCGGUUACGAUUUUCCGAUGAACCUUCCGGAUAUGACGAACGAUGAUCAGCAGCACCUAUUGCAGCAGCUUCAGCAAGGUCAACCAUUGUCUCAACAGCAACAGCAGCAGACCAGCAGCAACAACAGUGACAAGUCCGCCUCAUCCGGUAGUCCGACACCCGGAGGACACAUUUCACCCGUACCGUCUGCUCACACGCAGCUGAUGAGUUUUAAGAUCCAUGGAGGUGAUCUCGUUAACGGUAACAACAGCGUUAAUAAUGGGAUCCUUAGCGCCAUCGGCCAUCCUGGUGGUGGCAACAUAAAUUGCAACGGAAAUGGCAGCAUCAACGGUGGAAAUGGUGUCAUCGGUCCCGGUGGUACCCUUGGCAUUGUGUCCGGCGAUUACAUCGAUCUGAACGAGCUGCUUAACAUGGACGGUAACUGCGUUGGCAACGAUGAUGAGCAUUCUCUAGUCGCCUAAAGCACACUAACCCCACCGCAGAAGCUGCAUUUCUGCCGACUUUCUUCAAAUACGCGUCGUCGUUCAUAUGCGCGACAGCGACUCUAAAUGGUGUGAAAAUGUCUAUGGAAAACUAACUCUGUCUAUGGAAAUGUGUCUGUCUAUGAUGUUAUGAAUGUAAUCCGACUCACCGACAACAUUACUUCCACCAGCGUCUACAGCAUCUCACAACCUUUUUUGUUACCUUCACAUCACAAAAAGAGGGCAGAGAGCAAGAUGGAGAGAGAGGAUUUCAACAACAUGUAGCGACCACAGAAGUAAAUCGGCUAGCUAAAGGCCUAUUUGAAAGGCAAAGCAUCAACAAUACACCAGAAGAAAAAACCUACAACGAACCGAUGAGGGCGGCUGCCAUCGUGAGAUAAAAGCUGUUGGGCAAACCAAAUCCUUACAAACAACAACCAGAAAACUCUACCACAAAUAACUUACGCUAACCAUUAUCCGUUUACAUCGUCUUAUUGUACGAACAAAUAUCGCCCUUGAGACUGUUUGCACGAAAUAGAGGAAGGUAAGCUAGAUUGUUUCCUUCCUCCGUUAGAUAAUUCGUUUCUUGGCUUAUUGUUUUUUCGCAACGCUACUAAAACCAUUCCCUCCCGAUGUAAAAUCGAAAAGUGGCACCCGUUUAAGGGUGACUUCGCUUGCGAAUGGUAUGAAUCCGCUCGUUGGUGGAUGUCCUGCGUCCAGUGGUUAUAUAUAUUCUUGGUGCAAGAGACAUUAUUGCCCUGACGAAAAUGAUUAUUGUAACACGCGAUAAACGCGAUAACCUUAGCUCGAAAGGUUUUCCUUGUGUAAACCCAAAUGGUGAAAAACUAUAGUAUAAACGAGGAUCUCUUUGUUCUUAAGAGAUUUUUAUAUGCAUCGUUAUAGUUGACGCCGAGGAGGAGGAAAUUGGGUAAUUGCUUUUUUGUCUGGUUAUACAAUCGCUUCCGGUCGGUCUGAGUUGCUGGGACGGUGUUGUCUAAUAAUUGUUUUUAUGACAUUUGUAACUAGAGCAAGACCGACAAAGGGUUGUACAGCAAUAUACAAAAAAAGUCUGCAAUGUAAUAUCAGAGCUCAAGCCACAGUACAGUGUGGACAUGAUAUUAACGGAAAGUGAAACUUUGAAUAUGAGAGAACUAAGUCCUACAAGGGCGCCUAUACACAGGAAGAUUGAUUAGUAGGUUAGGAGUGAAAAAUAUCUUGGUAAAAUGUAAGCCGCAAAAGCAGCACUUAAAAUUAUAAAGAUAUUCAGUAAUUUUUGUCAAAUUUACCUAAAGCCUAAUACAAAGAAAAAGAGGAAGAAUAAUAAUAAUGAAGAAUGCAGAGCUCAGGAUAUAAACAAAAUAGUUGGCAGAAUUAGAUUGUAAAAAGGUGAAGGAUUUCGUGUUUGUUAAAAUAUACUAUCCGCGCGAUAGUACAUUUAGCUGUUAUAUUUUCUGUUAAUUAUACCAUAUGUUAAGUUUGUUUCACUGAAUAGAUGAUGAGCACAUUAGUUAAGUUGUUUUUUUUAAAGAUUCUCCUUUAGUUGCAUAAGCUUGUUUGUGUUUGUUGGUUUGCGGUAGGGAGUAAGAAUAUGUUUAUGACCUAGAAUAAUAUAUGUAAUGUACAGUCAUAAUGAAACAAGCACACAAUGAUGAUGUGCAAUGUUUUAAGUUUACUUUCUUUAUCAUCUUUUACAAUUAACGAUCUUGAUCGAUCAGUUUUUUUUUAUAGAACGAUACCCAAACAGGAUAUGUGCAGAGUGAGAAGAACCGAGUGUAGUUUAGAAACAAAUUGUUAUUUUUAUAUGCUAUCUGACUUAUGGUUCAAAAAAUUGUCUUAUCUGCAAGCUGAAUUAUUUGGCAACAGUUACGGUUCAGCGAAUAAACAACAACGGAAACGGAAAGAUGAAGUACGAAACCUUGUAAAUACGGUUACAGGAAUAGGCGUGUAGUAGAAGAGAUUGUAUUGCAAAUUGCCGUACUGUAGGUGAGACACGGCAAUGAAAUGUAAUCAUGAAAACGCGUACCUGAAAUAUUCAGCGAGUAGAACACAAGUAGUGAAAAAGAUGCAGUGCAGGGUACUGAUAGCCAGUACUCCGUUUGCGCAGUUCCCAAUGAAAACAGUGAAAGUUAGCUAUUGUAUGGAUAGUAAAGUUUGAAUCGGUUUCAGUCCGAUGCGUAUCUCUUUUUCGUAUAGCGAACGUAUGUUUUUGGUGUGUGCUUCAAAGACAGGGCCACAUUCAGCUACAAACCUUAGUUGCAUAAUUGGUUGAUCACGUUUUGUUAGCGUUAGUAUAAUUUUGUAUUACUCUUACGUCUUACGUCGUUGCGUUUGAGCGCAACACAUAGCUGUGUACCGGUGAAGGAACAAAACAAAAACAUAUUAAUCUUAUGGCUAAUGUUCUAUGUUAUUAUCGUCUAUUAGGCUAGUUACUUUAGUGUGAGCAAAAACAUAUUACUCCUUUUUACAAAAAAAAAAAUGGAUUUCUUCCUCCCUUUCACUUUUUCUCUAUCGAUCAUAUUCAGUGGUAAUUGCAUUUUGAAAUGUAAAGUUUUGUUCUAUAUACGUUAUGGUUUCGAUGUGUUUUCUUGUGCUUUUCUACUCAUGUCCCUUUAACCUGACAAGCACACUUUUUUGAGAAAUAGUUGCGUUCGUAUAUGAUACAAAUUUUGCCCAAGUUUCUUUUGUCUUUUUAUGCAGUACUGUACAAGACGAGCAUAUAAACCCAAAUCAAAUACAAAGAACGCAGAACACAUAACGAUAAACACGCUAGAGAAGCGAUAUCUUACGUGCUUAGGCGUAACACUAAUACGAAAUAAUCGAAAUUCAGGUAUAGGCUAUAUAAUACGUGAGUAAAGAAACAAAAAAAAAGAAUUAUUCUCUAAGAACACACUGUAUUCUCCCGUUUGAAGUCAAAUACACGGUCAAAUGAGAAUUUAUUGCAUGGUCUACAAAUGUAAAAA